AUUUUGGGAGUCUGUCUUUGAGGGUUACCUCAUGAUUGAUGGGCGUAGGUCGGUCUUGCCUUUGCUGAACCCCCCAUACAGUGUCGCCCUUUGUGUGUUGACGACCAACAAAUAUGAUGUAUAGGUAGGGAGUCUCUUGUGCAGACGAUAUUAAGGAGGUUUUUUUUUAUCUCAAAGAUGAUUGUAAGUCUGGCCUUACAGAUGCGUCAAGCUAGCCCUCACAGUUGGAAACAUACCAAGGAGCUUUCCUUAUAUGGGUUUACUCUCAAUGGUGAUCCACUCUAUAAUGAUGAAGCGUAUUGAAGGAGGAUGCGUGAGACGUUGUGGUUGUGUCUUGAAGGACAGGUCAACUUGAUCAUUCAUCUUAGGGGUCAGAGCUGAAACUCUUAUUAUGUUGAUGUACAUGUCCGAUCAGCUGGAGCAUCUUUAAGAAGUAGUAACAGGUUCAUCGCCUGGGGGCAAAAAUACUUUGUGUUUAUAUCUUGAGUAAUCUUACGUGGUUGUUGCUGCUCGACGACAAAGUGCGGCCUUAAGUUGUUUGCCUUGCUAUUUCUCACUGGAGGGAGGGUGUACUGAUGAUUGUAUGUGUAGCCUCCAUCUUGUUUGAUGACAAUCUCAUUGAUGUAGUGUGAAGAUGUUUGCCUGUGUUUAUCUCCUGCGUUGUUCUUCUCAACAUCACCUUGAUCUUAAGGCCAGAACUACGGGAGAGUUAUCGGAAGGGAAAUUAUACCGAUGAAGUUUUGCAGGAGAAGGUGACGCUGACAGGGCGGUUUGGACCAUGCAGAAAUGCUCCAAAGGCCCCUCAACCAUCAUCGCAGCGUCCUGCCAGGAUGUUGCGAUCCCCACCGCAUCCUUCAGGCGUGUCGUGACCGGCAUUAUAACUUACAGUGCCGUCUAUGUUGAUCAGAGGCAGACCCGGGCGGUACACAACUGUUCCAAUUGCCUGACGCUUUGUAGCGAGGAGGGUACAGGAGGAAAGGUGUGCCACGCUAUCCAUUAUGGGUUCUGUACGGUGGUGGCAUUACCCCCUGGGGUGAUCGAUCAAAAGAAGAAACGUAAUAACUGCAAGAAAGAGGAGGGAUGUUUGAAGUUCUUCAGGAAUCAACGGCAAGCCAACUCCACCGCUCAGAAGAUCCAUGUGCCCCAGUUCUACUUCCCCAUGGGUCGUCCCGUCCCUAGUGAGGAGGCGGAGCAAGUCAUCCAGAGGUUGUCUCAGCUCUUUAACGCCUUACCGGAAGGGAAAGCAUACAAACAUCAAAUGGAUAAGGUUGCUAUGGCGUGCAAAUGCCCAAAGUAUUGGAAGAUGCCACUAUACGCUGCCGCUGAAGGAGACAGUGUUGGCUAUGUCACAUCACAGAUGUUCUUAACCAUGUGGAAAAGCCUGACAAGAGAUUGCCAUGAUGACGCUGCGAGAUUUUUUAGAUUGAUCGCCAAACGAGGUUGUAAUUAUAUUGAACCGGAAGACUUCUACUCAUUUAUGCAGGAUGUUGUGGACACCCAUCCGGGCCUCACGUUUCUAAUAGAUGCACCAGAAUUCCAUUCCAGAUAUGUACAUACUGUAAGUGCAAACAUUUUUAUUUAAAAUCUUAAACCCAUAUUUGUAUCUCUUUUUAGUAAUUUGCCUUUGAAUUAUGACCCUAUCCUUAAGUAGAACUACCAUCUUGUCAAACCUAACAGUUAAGCCCGGUUCAUACUUUCUGCGAAUGCUUCAUGAGAAACAAAUUUGACAUCACAGUUCUGUUUUCGGUGUGAAUGUUUUUCGCUGUGAGUUUUAGCCUACAGCUAAACACUUUCAAAUUAUUCGUUGCAAAUUUGUGGCGUCAAAAUUUGCAUUUGCAUUUGUAUGAACUGAACUUUAGUAAGGCAAAGCUUUUGCUAACUUGUUAUAAUUGGUACAAAUUCAUAUUCUGAGAGUAAAAUUUACACUAAGACUACAUAAUUUACAAACAUGCUUUUAAGAAAGUUUCAAUGUUGCUAUAAGAUGAUUCAUGCUUUUAUAAAAUUCAAAUCUGAAACAUUAUUCAAGUUAUAAUUAGCUUACAGUUCAGCAAACCUUUACACAAGCAUUUGACAUUAUUUAUAUUUAGGCAUGUUAUAUAAAAUUAUUCAAUAGGACUUGUACCUAAAGACAGUGGACACUAUUGGUAAUUACUCAAAAUAAUUAUUAGCAUAAAACCUUUCUUGGUGACAAGUAAUGG